CUGUACUUUGUUUGACCCCUAAAAAGGCAAAUUUUACUGUAAAAAAACAAACUAAAGUUCGCAGGAAAGCGAAAUCGUCAUCUUCCCUGUUUAGUCUUGUAAGAGAAAUUCAGAUUCCGGCGGAGAAAGCUAUAACGAGAUUUUUCAAUGGAUCCCACUUCUUCUUCUUCUUCUUCUUCUUCCUCUGCUCUUAGAUGGAAAAUUCUUCGUCAAGCGCUUCUCCGUAGAUCUGAUUCUCAAUCUCAAGCUGAGACCAAUCGGAUUUCAAGGAAAGCAACUCAAGGAUUCAACUUGAUUCCUUGUCAUGUGGUGGAUUCUUCUCCGCAAUCGGAUAAGUCUCGUGAAGCAUGCCUUUGCUACACAUUUCCCAUCACUGGCUCUCCGAAACUCUAUCUAACACAAAGAGUGGAUAAUUGCAGUGAUCUCAAUGACUUUGAGAUAUCUAAUCGAUACAACAUUGAUAACACUGGACUUGUCUGUCAAUGGCCCUCAGAAGAAGUUCUAGCAUACUUUUGCAUGUCUCAGGCAGAUCGAUUCAGAGGUAAAAGAGUAAUUGAGCUUGGAUCGGGGUAUGGAUUAGCCGGUUUAGUUAUUGCAGCUGUCACCGAGGCAUCAGAAGUGGUAAUCUCAGAUGGAAAUCCCCAAGUAGUCAAUUAUAUUAAGCGUAACAUAGAAUCCAACUCCAUGGCAUUUGGUGGCACAAGCGUUAAAGCCAUGGAGUUGCACUGGAAUCAGCAUGAACUUCCAGAGUUAACCAACACUUUCGACAUCAUAGUUGCAAGCGAUUGUACAUUUUUCAAGGAAUUUCAUAAGCAUCUCGCAAGAACCAUCAAGAUGCUGCUUAAAGCCAAAGAACCCUCCGAAGCAUUAUUUUUCAGUCCUAAAAGAGGUGACUCCUUAGAUAAGUUCUUGAAGGAGAUUGAAGACAUUGGUUUACACUACAACUUAACCGAAAACUACGAUGCACAAAUUUGGAAGCGCCAUGAGACACUUGUGAAAGGAGACGACGCUUGGCCUAACUAUGACAAGAAUCAUUGCUACCCUUUACUUAUUCAAGUUACGAAUCAUAUUUAGUCAAGACUGUCAUAUUUGCGGCGAUGGAUGGCGAAUAAACGCAGUUUUUUUGUCAGUAACCAAAGCUACAAGCUGAUCCAACAGAAGAUCAAAAGGAGAACAAAAGAAGCGGUAUUUCUAGUCGAUUCUCCGAUAGCCAUAACCGCGUAAUAAGAAUUCGCUAAUGACGCUUCUUCUAUCGGUUGUUGUAUCUCUGUACUGGACGAAGUUUCAGAACCAGUUACAUCUCCUGUAUCAUCAGGAGGUGGUUCUCUUGAAGACUUCAAACUGUUUCACACAAUACAUAUACAUAAAUCAAAGCUUUGAUCUUUAUAAACCAAACUCUGUCUUUCUUUAA